AAAUAAAUUGAAUUUCUUCUAAUUUCACUUUUGUCUUACAUCCGGAAAAUUUUCCGGAUGUCUUAAUUGACAUAAGCAACCCUUAGUAUUUAAGGAUCCAGCAUUAAAAAAGGGCGGGCCUAAAUACCGUGAAAUAUGAUAACAAGAAAAACACCUCCAAAUAUUGGUAUUAUACAACACAAUCACACAUUAAUAGACAAAACUCUCACCCCAAAGCCAUUUUUGAUACGUGCAUCAAAGUCUCCUAUGGUUAUUAAAGCUAAACAGGUGGCCGUUUUCAAUAGCUACCAGAAUUAAAAGCCAUGAUUCUAAUCCUGGCCCGGGAUCGUCGGUGAUGAAUCUUUGACACUAAAGAUCAGUAGUUUACGCGGAAGAGUCAACAAACUUGACAGGGGGAAAAUACGCAGGGCAGCAAAAUGACAAUGUGUUCCGCCUGCAUCGCACCUGCUUUCAUUGUUUGCCUAAAUGCGCAGAUUUGAUAUUUUUCCACCGUACACUCCCUUUUAGCUCCCUUCUCAAGGUCCAUACACUGGCUGAAAUACUAUCAACUUUGGCAUACUUUGCUAUAUUAUAUGGUUUAAACUUGGAAUUCGGGUGCAGAGUUAGAGAAAGGGAUCCAAAAUCGACAAUCAGAUAAACAUGAACAAUUCAACAGUCAGCAAGUUAACUGAGCCCGUAACUCAAGCAACUCAGGAAAUGACUGGCAAAGUUCAGCUCGCCUUUUUAGUGUUCACACUUGUCGUGACAACCAUCGGUGACAGCCUCGUUAUGACGGUCGUUCUGCGAAAGCGAGAGCGGAACAUCAACGAUCGCUUCAUACUCAACCUUGCUAUAGCGGACGAAUUGUUUGUCGCGUUCAGUUUACCGGGGGCAGUGGUCAAGGCGUUUGGCCUCGCUCUGUACUCGCAAUUUUUUUGCUCGUUCGUCAGGCCACAGGUGACGAUGUACUUCAAUCUCGGUCUCUUCACCAUCACAUCGAUGGCACUUUACCGCACUAAGGUCAUGCUAUGCAAUAACCCGCACCAGGCCAAACUACGCGCCACACACGCCAAUAUCUGGAUAGGAUUGCUAUGGUUACUAGCCUUCAUUACGGCAUUACCCGCCAUCAUCGUUGCUACGGUAACCAGAACAGGCCAAUGCUCAGGGAAUUGGAAGUCUAAAGCAUACAAAGACGCGUACAUUAUUUUUCUUCUGAUCGCCAAGUGUUUGCUACCUCUAGUGCUUAUCACGGUGUCAUACUCGCGAAUCGGGAUAUUUCUUUCUAAAAACCGCAUCCCAGUGGACGAGACAAGCAGCACAAGUCGGGGUGGGGUUGGGUAUAGAAAUCGUGUGGAGAAUAUCAAAGUCGCGAAGACAGUCGCGGCGAUUGUGCUGAUGUUUGCACUCUGUACAGCGCCCUUCCAAACGGCUUGGAUCAUGCUGCAGUUUGGAGACAGGGAAACCAGGAUUCGCGCGGUUUCCGCCUUCCGUGUGGCUGUGAUAUUCCAAAAUCUCCAUACUUGUUUUAACCCUUUUAUUUACGCCAUCUCGAGGAGGUACUUUCGGCAGGAAUACAUCAAAUACCUCUCAAGAAUUUUCUGCUGCUGCUGUCACAAUCUCAAGAAUAGAGUCCAUACCACUGAUGGCGCACCGGCCAGUGACGUCACCCACCAAAACCUGCAGGACGUUAUUGCGCAGGCGCGAACAGGGACACCAUCGCCGGUGUGCCCUCGCAUGGCCUUGACAGCAGAUGAAAAAACGGAAAGUUUUACCCUUUCAUCUGCUUUUAUUCGUAGGGGAGAGGCGGCUUUUCAAGCCUGAUAUAAUGAACUAAUACGACGAAUUUAAGAUUCGGCAGGUCCAUUAUUCGUUAUUUCACAAGUUAUACAAACUUGAAUUAAAAAUAACCCUGAGACAUUAA